AUGGUUGGCUCUGAAAAUGUGGUUCAUUUAGUGACUGAUAAUGCACCUAACUACAAGGGUUCAGGUAGAUUACUUGCGGAGAGAUACCCAAAUAUUUCUUGGUCUCCAUGUGCAGCUCAUUGCAUGAACUUAAUAUUGGAGGAUGUGGGAAACAUGCCUAAUGUUAAAGAGUUAGUUUCUGCUGUCUCAAAGGUAACUAUCUUUGUCUACAAUCAUAAGUCCACUUUAAAUUUUUUGAGGAAGAGGCAAGGUUGGAGGGAAAUCAUUCGUCCAGGAGAAACCCGCUUUGCUACCACUUUUAUAGCCCUUCAGAGUGCAUAUGCACAUAAAGACGACUUACAAGCUUUGGUAGUAGAUCAAGAGUUCAGGCAGUUUCUGAAAACAGAGAAAGCAAGAUAUGUCAAGGCUGUUGUUUUGGAUGAAAACAUGUGGGAGCAUUGUUUGUUGAUCGUAAGGAUUAUGGCUCCAAUGAUACGCUUGUUGCGUGUUUGUGAUACUGAUGAGAAGCCAUCAUUACCAUAUGUCUAUGAAGGAAUGUAUCGAGCACGUUUAGGCAUCAAGAAGAUAUUUGGAAAAAAGAAGGAAUUGUAUAAGCCUUAUACAAGGAUCAUAAAGAACAGGUGGGAUAGAAUGUUGCGCCAUGAUCUUCAUGCUGCAGCAUACUUCUUCAAUCCAGCUUUCAUGUAUGAUCAAAAGAACUUUUCAAAAAAGCCUGAGAUAUUGAAAGCGAUGUUAAAUUUGAUGGAAAACCCAAAAGGGUCUGACAGAACAAAGAUCUUUGAGGGGAUGACAAUGUAUAGAGAACGUGAGAAAAGCUUCUCACAUUCAUCAGCUUUAAGUUGUUCGAAAACCACUCGUCCUGAAGCUAGCAAUUCUAAUUCUUAG